AUGGAAGGUGGGGUGAGGCUGAAUCGGGAUCGUGACGCAGUUGUCAUUCACGACGAAGCUUUUGUUGAUGCCUUGACUGCAUCAUCGCGAUCACGGGACGAUUACAUUCUACUGAACCUCAUCCUACGACCUAUGCGAUGCUUCAUCACCUCCUCGUCAGCGCAGAAGGGCCGAGGCAACGCUCUUGGCAUGAUGUGGAACGGUAGCGUCCUGCUCGCGUGCCUGUUGGCCGUCCUGGGGUAUGGUGAUGCGGCGAGGACGCCACAGCAGAGGCGGGAGCAGAGGAAUCCAUAUUUGGUCUUGCCCCCUGCAACACCAGAUGAGUAUAGGGCUGCAAGGCCUGCGCAAGAUUUAGGAGCAAGGACAUUCCGACUACGGCAUAUAUACCACCACGGCUUCAGCCAAUAUCCCCAUCUACAUAAAUACAUCGACAUUGAAGCGGACGAAGAGCUGAGGGUGACAAGUGACUAUGGACAGACCUACCUCGCAGCACCAGCAGAUCUGCCAAUACAAGCCGUCUCAACCAACAUACAGCGGCUCGCCAAACGCAAGCCAGCAGACAUAGACCGGCUACUCCAACAUGCAGACAUCCACGGUGAAGCAGCCACCCUCCCCAGCUCAGCAUGGACCGUAGACGAGAUCUCAGGCCCAAACAUAACAGAUAAGAAAUCCGUUCUAAACAUGGCGAAGAUGGCCUCCAAUGCCUACGAGAAAGACGAAUCGAGUCCAGGCUGGAAGGACGUAAAGGGAGGUUUCAAUUACACCGACAACUUCGGCUGGCAGCAAGACGGCUUACGCGGCCACAUCUUCGCAGACGAGAAGAAUGGUACCAUCGUGAUCGGACUAAAAGGUACAUCGCCUGCUGUCUUCGAUGGUGCUGACACGACUGGCAACGACAAGCUCAAUGAUAAUCUGUUCGGUUCAUGCUGUUGUGGUCAGGGUGGCAGUUGGCAGUGGAAGCAGGUUUGCGAUUGUAUGACGGAUACGUAUACUUGCAAUUCGACUUGUUUGGUCAAGAGUCUAAGGGAGAAAAGUCAUUAUUAUUGGGCGGUGAGGGAUCUGUAUCAUAAUGUUACGGAGAGAUAUCCCAACUCGGAAGUAUGGCUGGCGGGCCAUUCGCUCGGAGGCGUGGUGAGCUCCUUGCUCGGACUGACCUACGGACUACCGGCUCUCACUUUCGAGGCUUACCCCGACGCGAUGGCUGCAUCACGACUCGGCCUCCCCACACCACCCGGCUUCAAAAUCGGCUCCCAUCAAUCCCGAGCCAGCACGGGCAUCUACCACUUCGGCCACACCGCCGAUCCAAUCUUCAUGGGCACCUGCAACUCCGCCACCUCCUUCUGCAGUAUCGGCGGCUACGCCUUCCAAGGUCUCUGCCACACAGGCCAUACCUGCACCUACGACACGGUCGGCGAUCUCGGCUGGCGCGUCGGCAUCGGCACGCACAAGAUCUCGAAUGUGAUCCGGGAUGUGAUAGAGAAGUACGAUAUAGUCCCGACAUGUGAGGUGGAUGUUGAUUGUCAGGAUUGUUCGCUGUGGAAGUUCUUUGAGAGCAAUAGCAGUGAGCCGAUUACUACUACUACGAAGACGUCUAGCUCGAGCUCGAGUUAUACCCGGACGAGGACAGAGACGUGUAAGACGCCGGGUUGGUGGGGGUGUUUGGAUGAGAGUACGACUACGGAGAAGACCACGAGCUCGAGUUCGAGUUCGAGUACUAGUACUUCGACGACAUCGACUUGUAAGACACCCGGGUGGUUCGGGUGUAAUGAUCCUACGACUACUACGACUACUUCUUCCUCUGCCUCGACAGCUAUACACACGCCGAGUGCUGCGCCUGCGCCGAGCAUUACGACUACGUCAUCCAUACCUACGAGCACGAGCACGAGCACGAGCACGAAUCUUUGCGAGACCCCGGGCUGGUUCGGCUGUAAAGACCACCCUGUCACUUCUUCCGCCGCGCCUUCGUCUACGAUCGCGCGGACGACGCCGAGGGUCACGGGUACAGUGGCUCGACCUAGUGGAAGUGGAACACCGAGUCCGGCGAGACGGAAGUGUAUGAACAGGCAUUGCCUCAUCCUGGAUGAUGGGCUGAAUGUGGAUCUGUAA